CGAAUCUCACUCACUGCUUCUCGCCGAGCAUCAGCAGACAGACAGCUCUGCCUUCUCCGAGCUCCACGCAGCGGGGAAGCGAUCGGGCUGCUGCGGUAACCAUGAAGUGUCUUUAAGGUGUGUAUUUCGGUCCCGACACGCGUGAAACGUCGCGGGUGCAGAACUUGGGAGAGUCGAAAACGUGAUGAAGAAGAUGAUGUGGGAGCGCAGGGAGUGAAGGCGAUGCUGCGGGACAUCAUCGCUCCUCGGGAACCGUGAGGAGCCUCGGCCUUGUGGAGCUGCCUGUUUGUGUGAGUGGGACCGCUGCCCGCUCCCCCAGCGCAUGGCCUUCAUGCCCACUUUCCCAGAGUACUCCUUGAGCAAGGUGCUGCUCUUGGGAGCCAUCGCUGCCGCCUCUGCCUUCGUGGUGACCAUCCUCAUUGUGCUGCUGUGCGUGGGCUGCCACAGGAAAGGACGGACAAAAAAUGUGCAGUCGGACGGGGAGAGACACAGCCUUAUGGACAUGGGUGCGCUACGCCAGUCCAAACUGCGCUCCAUCAGCAAGUCCGACACCGGGCUGCACGAGAUGAGCCGCCUGGCCUGUCAUAGCAAUGGCACAGCUAAGCACCGACCAGCCAGCAUGGACCUGCUCUACCUUCCCAGCCAGCGCUCCAACUCAGACGUGCGCAGCGCACAGACCCGCCUGCUUCCCAGGGCCCCCGCACCCCCCGCGGACGACCCCGAGCACACGUACUCCGAGGUGGGCCGGCGAUCCUCCCCGCCCCGCGGCCUUGACGACGGCCUCUACGAGGUGGUGGGUGGCCGUGCGAAGACCAACGGGAAGGGGGAAGCCUGCAGUGGCAGCGGGGGGCCCCCCGUCACGGUCCCCAGCAUGGCGCCCCAAGAUCCCGUGACCGCCGAGUACGCCUGCAUCCGCAAAGUCAGGAAGAUGGACAGGACGACCAGAAAGGAUAACGAUGCGGCGGAGACACAGCAGCAGCGCUUCUCCAGCAGAGACCCCCAGCCCGGCCCCAUGCAGCCCCACCCACGUAGCCACGAGGUGCCUCGCAAAAGCAUGGAGCCCUUCCACAUGCACUCCUUCCCAAAGGAGUCUAUCUUCAUGGGGAAUGGAGAACAGUACAUAUGGAAACCACCGGAAGAAGAUGACAUCGUCGUGCCCCAGCCUGGGCUGCCAGGUGCUCUAAGCAAUGUCCAUGGUGAGAAUGGUCAGGAUCGUUCUGCAGAGAUUGCAGAGAUGUACUCCAAAGUGUGUAAGCCUACCAAGAAGUGGGCACAGACGUCUCCCCCCACAUCACAGGAGAGCAACGGGCAAAGAAACCCACCUCGCUCCUCAGGCAGUGAGGAGAGUGAUUCGGGGACAGUAGCAAGCCAGACCUGGUCGGCGGAGGAGCAACAGGAUGGUAAGAGCACAGCAAAUCCUAUGGCUGAUCCAUGCUACGAGUUCAUCGGGGGAAGCACGGAGGAGGCAGAUCCUGCUUACGAAACCAUCGACACCAACUGGAAGCGUGACAGGCCUCCCAAUGCCACACUGAAGCUGAAAGAGAAGAAGCAACAAGUAUCAACCAGAGUGCUUCCUGGAGAAAACUUCUAUGAGAGCAUCAAUGAUGCAAAGCAUGGAUUGGCCAACUCCAGCACAACCACCAUCUUCACCUUUAACGACGGCAUGGAAAUGUACGUCACCGGGCUGUAGUGCUUCUCCUUCUUCUCCAGGACCUGCAGUUCUUCAUGUUCCCAACUUCACUUGGUCGUUAUUAAUGUCUGCUUCUAUAACCUGGGGUGCCCUCUUCAAGUAACUGUCAAUGGCAGUUAACUGCCCACAUAUCAAGUGACAGCUGUCAUCUGCAGCUAAUUUCACAAUCUGUUAUCAUAACAGAUUUUGUUGUUGCACUAGCUGAAAUUUCUACCAGAGGGUAUUACAUUAUAGAAGUUACUACAAAGAUGACUGCAGAACUCAUUAUCCAGAAAGACCAAGUCAAAAUUGCUUGCUGAGGCAAUGCAAUAAGGGACAAUAUACAUUUCUCUCUAUACUUAUGCUUACAUAGUUAAUGUUCAUGCUAAUGCUCACAUUCAAGUCAUAUCUAUCUUGCUUCAAAUGUUUUCUCAGUGUCUAACAUAUCAACCAGGCUUUCUUUGCAUUAACAGCAUACUAUUGUGGAUUUUCAGAGGUUAUACAGUACGUACACUGGGGCAUUGUGACAGCUAUGUGUUUGGUUGGGUCGCUGCAGUGGUGUUCUGCAGUAUUGUAGUGCUCUCCACUAUCACCUAAAUGGGGUAGUCUGAGAUUUAAACCUAAGUGCAUACUCACAUUUCACAAAACAAAUCAAACCCUAAAAGUGAGGCCUCCAAGUGUUGCCUAUAGUUUCUGUUUGUUUGCUAUUGGUGAUUAAAAAGAUAUAAAGUCUUAAGCUGAUAUUGGACAUACAUAUAUUUUGCAUGGAAACUUGUGCCCAGUCCUGGGAAUUUUGACAGCGGGGGGUUAAUUUUUCAGUGUGAAAAAGGUUUCCAUUUGGAAGAAAGCCUUUUCAUGCCUUUCUCUUAUUUAGAAUUGUUAGGAUUAACACCAGAUUUCUCAGUGGUUGUAGUUUAUGUGUCAUUUCUUUUGUGAGUAGUUAGCAGCCAAUUCAUGAGUAUGGAUAGGCCUCAAGGCUACAGUUACACUGUGCAAAAAGUCAUAAGGGUUUUUAAUCCCACACAGCUUAUUGGCAUAAUUAUAGCAGUGCCGUGACUCUUUUCCAGCGCUCUAAGUCACAGUCUCUGGGUUCUACUGUCAGUGGCUAAAGGAAUCCAAAGAAAACAGAGUAAUGAGCACAAAACUGCUAGCCAGAGUUUUUGGAAUCUUGCCUCUUAUUCUAGUGCUCGGUACUCAUUCUAUUAUAAACAAACAUUUUCCCAUGUUGCCUGAGAAAUGCGAUUUAUAACUAAAGUAUUACAGGCAGCAUAAUUCUUGACACAGAAGAUGAAUAAAUGAGCUCAGGGAAAGAAAUGUAAUGCUGUAUUAGAUAGAAUAAAUACUUAUUGGUUUUAACAGCUCUCCUUAAUGAAAAGGUACAGGGAAAAAGUCAGGACAACCACAGUGAACUAUUAAAACUGACCCUAUGUCACUUUAUUUUAAGUUAGAGAUGUAGUCUAUAUUUUCUUACAAGCAGUGUUUUUUUUUAUAUUGCAAAGUGAGUGAAGCACAUUAUACAUGACUUUCAGGCAAAAUCACUGCCAUAUGUAUAUGUUCUGUUUUAUUUAUGCUGUUGAUGCAGAUUGCCUGCUUGAACAUGCAUGCAAAUAGAAAUAUGUAUAGUGAUACCUGAGAAUAAUUUUUUUGCUGUUAUUGCUUUGUUCAUUAUUUAAGGGAGAAAAAAGUUUUUAUCAGAACACAAUGACAUUUUAUUUCAGAUUAAGCUUUUUCCGCAGUGCAGAGUAAAGUAGUUCAUAGGUAGCACACACCCAUGAAAAAGCAAGAGGAUAUAAGCCAGCAGUGGAUGAAAAGUCUGUGUUUACUCUAUGAGCGGAGCAUAAGGCUGGAGGAAAAAGCAGGCCAAAUCAAGGAGGGCAAGUAAGCCAGCUGCCCCCCCAUAAUUAAACAGCGUCCUUGAAACAUGCUGCUGAGGGAGGUGAUCGACUCCCCGUGGCCUGUCCUGUUCUUCUCAUCCUCAGACCCAUCCAGUAAAGAACAGGCAUGUUUUGUGCACCAGUUCAAUCUUUGAUCUAAACCCCCUGGGGAAAUAAAGUUUUGACCAGCCCCCUUACGUUACAUCAGCUGCAGUAACAGUGGGUGUAAUGUCUGAAAUCACAGAUGAAAGAGCUGGCAAAGACUGGAUUUCAACCAUACCGGGACAGUUAAGGAAUACUUCAUAGUUUUGUGUCAUUUUCAGCCACUUUUUGAGACAACUUUGAGACCAACAACAAUACAUCGGGAAUGCAUCACACGGUAACAGCUAUCUAUAUACAGUAUAUCAAAGAAAGAGCACCAAAAUAUUUAAUACUCCUCACUGUUCUCAGUGCCUGUAGACACUGGCAGAAUAUAUGUAUAUUUCUUGAACAUUAUGGUUUACCACAAAUUUGCUUAUUUUGUGUGGUAUGUUGAAACAAUUAAAGACGAGAAAAAUGUCAUAGAUACUGUUUAACAAUCAAAGAUCUUUCUUUGGUUGUGUUUCAUGUGUACAUCUUGUUAUAAUUCAUGAACAUGUGUAAGAGCACUUAACUUCUCUGUCAUUACAAAUAUAUCCUGGUAACCUAAACAGACGAUGUCCAACUGAAUUUAGUGCGGCAGCUACUGUAUAUUGUAUGUUUGCUGAAAGAAUACAGGGUUUACUUUUAAAAUA